AUGCCUCUCUUCGGUCACAAGAACAAUGCUCCUGUCGAGCCUACCCCCAACACCCGCACUCACCCAAACGCUCGACAUUCGGUGUCAUCUUCGAGUGGGAGCCCACGCCGAGGACUCUUCGGCGGCCGCCGCUCCUCGUCAUCCGAUCUUCACGACCCUCACCGGACCAGCACCAAUAAGCGAAGCUCCGGAGGACUGUUCAAAAGAGAUGUCGAAGACCCGUCUAUCGUUUCGGCACGCGAACGCGUUGCUUCCGCAGAAAGGGCGGAGCAUGAGGCCGAUCGUGCAUUGGUCCAGGCAAGAGCUGCCGUCCGAGAGGCGAGGGAUCACGUCAAACUGAUUGAGCAUGAGGCUGCUGAAGAGGCACGCCUAGCAAAGAUUAAGCAGAAGAAUGCCAAAGAUAUCUCCAAGAGAGCCAAGCCACUGGGUCGACAUGACCACUACUAG